GAUCUGAUCUACUCGUUUCGUCUCUCAUAAAACUGUAUAUGGAAAAGUUUCCUUUCGUGUUGCCGGGUGUUAAUGUGAAUCUCCUUAAUUAGUAAUAUUGAGGAGAGAUUAGUUUAGUUGCUUUCUGACUUGGGGAUCAAAAGAUCAAACCUUUCUUGUUCUGUAGUAUUGCCUCAUUCUCUAUAACUUUGACUGAAUCAACCAAUUCAAUUAAUGUGUGUUUUCUUUACCAGUUUUAGUUUGUAUGGAACAGUGUUUUGGUAGGUGGGAUUUGCUAAUUUAGCUAUUUGUGUAUAUGAUUUACCCAUCAAAUUUGACUCUUAAAUGAUUAAACUUUUUUUUUUGACCAAAAAAUGAUUAAACUUUUCUUUCUGGAUGCACUUUUGGUGUCUCCUGUUAUGGGAUCAGUGUGCAAGGAUGUGUUUUUUUCUUCUAUUGCUAAAAGUGCAUCCAGAAAGUUUUCUUGAUCUUAUAUGGUUUGACAAGGAAUCUACUACUAAUGAGAUGUAAGUUGGUGAUCACACUGAACAUCGAGUUAGCUGGACAUAUUAAGGCUUCUUGAUCUAUAGUGUGAAUGAAAGUUUCUCUGGAACGCCUGAGAAGCAUAUGACCCUCCAUAGAAAUAGGAUGAAAAGAGGAGCUCUUAAACGGAGUGCUAGGCAUAUCUCUGUUGUACUUGUUGUGCUUGUUUGUGCAACCGUCGGCAUAUGGACAUGGGAUAGUAAUCCAACCACGGCCUUUCUUCCACCUGAAAGUCGAAUUUUAAAGCUGGAAACAGUUGCAGAAGAAAAGGCUGAGAAAAUACCUACGGCACAGAAUACUGAAACUAAAGAUAGCUACUCAUCAGCUACACCCUUUGUAAACAAAGAGCAAAACAAAGAGGAUCAGACCGAUAAUAAAGAUACAGAACAAAAACAGAAACAAGUGGAAGAAGUUAGUGUCAGUGAGACGAAUCAAGGGAAACCAUCACCUAUUGAAGAAAAGCACCUAGAGCGAGUGGAACAUGAGGUUAUUGUAAGUGAGCCAAAACAUCAGAAGACACCAACUAGUGAAGAAAAAAAUCUAGAACAAAUAGAACAUGAAGUUAUUGCAAGUGAGCCGAAACAUCAGAACACACCAACUAGUGAAGAAAAUAAACUAAAACAGGUGACACAAGAGGUUUUCGUUGGUGAGGCCGAACCAAAUACAACACAUAUUGAAAACACUACUUCAGAUCCAGAGAAUAAAACUCUUGCAACAGAAGAAGCCAAGAAAGAUAAUGGUAGUACUUCAACCGCUUCCAUCGUCAAUCAAGCUUGCAAUUACGCAAAAGGGAAAUGGGUUGUGGACAAGCACCGUCCUUUGUAUUCAGGACGUCGUUGCAAACCGUGGCUUGCCUCUAUGUGGGCGUGCAGGUUAAUGCAACGCAAAGACUUCGCCUUCGAAAGGCUAAGAUGGCAACCUAAAGACUGCUCUAUGGAAAACUUUGAGGCUUCCAAGUUCUUGAGAAGGAUGCAGGACAAGACCCUAGCCUUCGUUGGAGACUCGUUAGGAAGACAACAGUUUCAAUCCAUGAUGUGUAUGAUCACAGGAGGCAAGCAAAGACUCAAUGUCCACGACGUGGGACCAGAGUUUGGAUUCAUAACUCCCAGAGGCGGAGCUCGUCCCGGUGGAUGGGCUUAUAGAUUCCAAGAAACCAACACAACGGUCCUAUACCACUGGUCAUCAACCCUCUGCGACAUACAACCGAUCAAAAUCUCCAACCCUUUAACCGAACACGCCAUGCAUCUAGAUCGCCCACCUGCGUUCUUACGCAAUUACCUUCACAAGAUCGAUGUCUUGGUGAUGAACACGGGCCACCACUGGAACCGAGGGAAGCUCAACGGCAACAGAUGGGUGAUGCACGUGAACGGCGUCCCCAACGCUAACAGGAAGCUAGCCGCUCUUGGCGACGCCAAGAACUUCACGAUCCACAGCACUGUGAGUUGGGUUAGCUCACAGCUCACUAACCAUCCGGGUCUUAAGGCCUUCUACAGAAGCCUCUCCCCGAGACAUUUUGUGGGAGGGGAGUGGAACACGGGAGGGAGCUGUAAUAACACGACGCCAAUGUCUAUCGGGAAAGAGGUUUUGCAAGAGGAGUCUAGUGAUUACAGCGCGGGACAUGCGGUCAAAGGUACGGGGGUUAAGCUUUUGGACGUAACGGCGUUGUCUGGUGUUAGAGACGAAGGGCAUAUAUCGAGGUUUGGUGUCUCGGCUUCGAGAGGAGGUCAGGAUUGUCUCCAUUGGUGCUUGCCUGGUGUUCCUGAUACGUGGAAUGAGAUCCUUUUCGCAAUGAUAUAAUGUUUUUGCAUCAGCAGAGAAAGGGGUUGUGAGCCUUUUUGAUAGCUUUUUAUACAACAUUGAGGUAGUAGGGCCUGAGAUGUAAGUUAUAGUAUUUAUUCUGGUACAGGACUUACAGGUAAACAACCAUACCCUGGCUUUGUCAGACCAUGUUUACAGAACAGAACCUAACUCAACUUUUUGUCCUUUUUGAGUCGAUUAAUAGAAAUUUUUGGAAAUUU